CAUACAACCUUUUCAAGAUUCAAACCCGUACAAUUAAAAUAACAAAUCCGUAUGAAAAGGAUCUUCUUCUUACUUAAUUCUUAUCCAUUUGUCUGCAAAGAAAAUACUGCGCAAAUUGUACUCAUCAACAAACCACUUCCAUUACCAUUACGACUUUUAGUCACAAAACAAUAAUAACAGUUAAGACGUGUUCGUUACCUUUCCAAAUUUUCCAACACUUACCUAAACCCACUCUUAUAAUCAAUCUUCCCCAAACGCGUUUUUUCUCCUUCUCUUUCUCUUUCCAAACACCCCCUACCGAACCUCCCUCCAAACCAAAAAUGGAAACCAAUCGCCGCGCUGUCCGAACCUUAGUUUCAAAACUCAGCUCCGUUUCCGAACAAACACGAAUCGAAGCACUCUGCGAGCUUCGGUUAAUGUCAAAACAAGAUCCACAAACCCGACCCGUAAUAACCGAAUCGGGCGCAAUCCCUUAUCUAGCAGAAACUCUCUAUUCAUCUUCUCACCCUUCGCAAGAAAACGCCACCGCAACACUUCUCAAUCUUUCGAUAACAGAAAAAGAAUCUAUCAUGUCCACGCGCGGUGUUCUCGACGCACUUUCACAUAUAAUUUCUCAUCAUUCUUCAACCUCCGCCGCCGCCGCCGUUCAAUCAGCUUCCGCCACGAUUCACAGCCUUCUUUCGUCGGUAGAUGAUUAUAGAACCGUCGUUGGAUCUAAACGUGAAAUCGUUUACGCGCUUGUUGAUAUUCUCCGAUGUCAUAGAUCGUCACCGCCGAGAACUGUGAAAGAUGCGUUGAAAGCGCUUUUUGCGAUCGCGCUUCAUCCGUUAAACCGUGCUACUAUGGUUCAAUUCGGCGUUGUUCCGGCGCUUUUUUCUCUGAUUGUUAACGACGGGAGAGUCGGGAUAGUUGAAGACGCAACCGCCGUGAUCGCGCAGGUUGCCGGUUGUGAGGAAAGCGUUGAAGCUUUCCGGAAGGUUUCCGGUGUUGGAGUGCUUGCGGAUCUGCUUGAUCUUAAUACUGGUUCUAGUAUGAGGACGAGAGAAAAUGCGGUGUCGGCGUUGCUUAAUCUUGUCCGGUGUGGUGGAGAUGCGGUGGCCGGAGAUGUUAGAGACGCUGUUGCUUUCGGUGCCUUGGACGGAAUCGCCGAUGUUAGAGAUAAAGGGAGCGUUAAGGGGCAGAGUAAAGCUAUGGAGUUGAUGAGGGUGAUGCUUGGUGGUGGUGAUAGGAAUGUCGUUUUGAACAGUGGUUCGUCGUUUGGUUCUUCUGUGAUGAAUGAUGAUAGUGGUACGUCGUUUUGACUAAUUGUUCGUCGUUUUGAGUCUUAGGAUGGCGGAUUGUGUACAAAACUAUAUAUAUGUUAUGAUUAUGAUUCUAUUGAUUAUUAUUUGUGUUAUGAUAUGAGAAAUAUCAUGAUAUGUUGUACAUUCUAACAAAGAAUAGGUUAUUAUUCUUCUUCUGCUGUGUAGAGUGCUUUUGAUUUGAUUUGAAAUUUUGAAGUUGAGUUUAUAUAUUGUGAAUGAUCCAAGCUUUAUAACACGUAAUUAUAGUAGUGAAUGUGAAUGAGUAGUUAUGAAAAA